CACUGUGGUGUACACUGUAACGUCAACAGACGCUGAUACUGUUGGAACGGUUACUUACUCUAUAACUAGUGGGAACGACAACGGUAUCUUCAGUAUAAACUCUACAACAGGACAGAUCACACUUAAUACUGCACUCAACAUCGACGAUGUAAAACAUGAAUUAGAAAUUCAAGCCAACGAUGGUGUCAAUACCGCAUACACUGAACCUUAGAUUUUACCUGAGCAAUGUUUUCUGGCGAACACCGACAGAAGGUCAGAUGGAUGCCUUCGCUGAAAACACAGCGCGGGAUACAGUGUUGUUAACGAUGAAUGCUGAUAACGCAGGUUUCUAUUCCUUUGAGGUUGACCCUGGUACUGAGACGGAUAAGUUCCGUAUAACGUCUAAUCGAUUAUCUCUAGAAGAAGAAUUGGAUUAUGAAACAACGAAAUCAUACGCAUUUACCUUAAGGGCAGCUGGAGGUCAGGGUACGACAGAGAUAGCUUAUAUCAUCAAUGUGACAGAUGUUAACGACGUUGCUCCCGAGUUUGCUGACACAAUUGUUCCACUUGAUCUUACAAAGGACACAGAAAGAGGCACAGUUAUCUACACGGCAGAGGUUACUGAUGAAGAUACGGUUGGAUCACCUUCAUUCUCUAUAAACGGUGGGGAUACUAAUUCAGACUUUAGCAUAAAUACAACGACAGGUGAAGUGUCUCUUGAAAAGGACUUAGAUCCCGAUACAACUCCUACAUACAGUCUGUUAAUUGAGGCGACGGAUGGUGUUGCAACUGCAACAAUGACCCUCAGCAUUACUAUCAAUAGAAUUGUUUGGACGGAUCCUGCCAAGGGAACAUCUGACAGCAUUGCUGAAGACACACCUGUCAAUACAGUCAUAAAAAAUCUCACAGCAGAAACUGCCACAUCCUAUACCAUCCGAUCACAGAGUCCUGCCACAAAUACAUUUGCUAUUAUCAACAGUAACGAACUGGUUCUUUCUACAGCUCUUGAUUAUGAAACUAACACUGAUUAUACUAUCAGAAUAAGAGCAAUAGAUUCGUCCGGGAAAGUUGCAGAUAUUGUGUACAUGUUAAAUGUCACAGAUGUCAAUGAUGUUGAACCAGUCUUUGAAUCAGAACAGAAUGUUGUAGCUCCAGAAAAUACACAAGUUGGAGCAACGUUUUUCACAGUAUCAGCCACGGAUGCCGACACCGUCGGGACUGUCAGUUAUUCUAUUAAUGCUGGAAACGACGGGGGCUACUUUACUAUAAAUUCAUCUUCUGGAGAAUUAUCUUUAGCUAAAGAAUACAAAGUAAAUGACACAAGUGAUUUGAAUGUUGGAUUAUCCAUCGAAGCAACCGACUCUGUAAAUAGUGUUACCCAAUCACUAUCAAUAACGUUCAAAUCAGUCCCUCGUCUAAGUCUUGGUCCACAGACAAUCACCGAGAAUGUGGAUACAUCAGGAGGAUAUGAAGUACUGGCACUAGCAUCAACUGACGUUGAUGGUGAUCUUAAUCCUGAAUUCACUAUUCUAAGUGAAAGUCAUCCUGGUACAUUCUCUAUCAGUGAUGAUAACACAAAGCUUAUCACUACCGCAUCAUUUGAUCGUGAAGAUGUAGAUCAAUAUAAUGUUACAAUCAGGGUUAAACUGAUUCGUCCCAGUUCAAGUUAUCGUCUGAAGAGACAGUGGUUAAUUUCUGCGUUUGUUUUAUACGACAAGAGCAGACGAUCCAGAUCUGAUCGGAACUGUUACUUUCUCAAUCACAGAUGUAUUAAUGCCUUAGAUGGUUCGUCGACACCUUCAUAUACUUUAACAAUCGCCGCGAAUGACACGGAAAACACGACCCCCUUUAAUUUAACAGUCAGAGUUAUAACAGAACCUCAAAUAGCUUUGCCAGACACAAAUGUAACGAUAGCAGAAGGAACCUAUACGUCACAAACAGUGUGGGUGAUUAACUCAACUGACGUCGAUAACGAUGCAGACCCAUCGUUUGCAAUUAUUUCACAGGAAGUUAAUGGAACGUUUAGUUUAAACGGAGAUAACACUGAACUAAUCACGUCUGCAACAUUUGAUUUCGAGAAUAAAACCACUUACGAAGUUACUCUACAAGUAACUGAUUCAUCAACGUUUCAACGUUCUUCUACUACAACGCUAACUGUUUACGUCACAGACGUAAACGACGAGCCUCCAGUUUUCAGUGUUAUGUCAGUUGCUCUUGAAUUAAGAGAAGACACCUCAAUUGGUUUAGUUGACUACAUUGCGUCAACGACUGAUGCAGACACCACAAGUGCGACGUACUCAAUUAUAGUUGGAAAUACAAAUGAUGUGUUCACUAUAGAUCCUGUCAGCGGCAAUUUAACACUUGCCAAAGCACUAACAGAUUACGCAGAACUUACUUAUAAUCUAGUUAUCGAGGCGAAUGACAGUGUCAACGUGGCCACACAACAAGUUAACAUUAGUAUUGUUACAGGUAUGAAAUUUACUCUUACAAACAAACUACCCCUGUCAAAAUAA